AUGGAGCUGCCGCUGCUGCUGCUGGUGCUGACUGGGAUCUGCGCGGGCAGGGUCCUAGAGACGGUCCCCUACACGCCCCAGAUCACUGCCAAGUCGCUGGAAGGGAAGCUCACCGCGACCACCUUCACGCUGGACCAGCCCAUCUGCAUCUUCGAUCAGUACGUGAACAGCACCGAUGACAUCUGGCUGGUCGUUGCCUUCACUAACGUCACAUCCCAUUUCAAAAAUCCAACCUCAAAGACCCAAAUCCCUCCCUACCAGAAGCUAUCGACCGCUCUCCAUUACAUGACGCUGAAGACUUCCAUAGCCUUCUACCCAUGUGCUGAAAACAGGGCCCCUAGCGUGCUCCGGGUUGGCAGUGACACGUCCUGCAAAGACGACCGCAGCCUGGAGUACUGCAACGGACCCCUGCCUCAUCCCGGGCCUUACAGAGUGAAAUUUCUCAUCCUGGAUACCAAUGGGUCCAAGGCAGAGACAAGAUGGUCCCAACAAAUUAUACUGAAGCAAGGUCGCAAGGCGCGCUCCAUCGACACCUGGCCCGGGAGGCGCAGCGGCACCAUGGUCGUCAUCACUUCCAUCCUCUCCAGCUUCAUCGGCGUCCUGGUGAUCUUGUUCCUGUGCACAGUCGCCUACGAGUGCUUUAAGCUUUGGCGGCGAGAGGAGCCCGCGGUCCCGGAGGAGCCACGCGCCGGGUCCUUCAGAGAGAGGGAGUACGAUACCCACCACAUCCCCCCGUCGCAGGCUCCACCCCAGCCCCCCAGCGACGUGCCCCGGCCUCACUCGCCAGCCGCCUCCCCAUAG